AUGGCGAUCCAAAAGAAGCACGGCAAGGGCCGUCUCGAUAAAUGGUAUAAACUAGCCAAAGAGAAAGGGUAUCGAGCCCGUGCCGCCUUCAAACUGAUCCAGUUGAACAAGAAAUAUGGGUUUCUUGAGAAGAGCAGAGUGCUGUUGGAUCUUUGCGCCGCCCCAGGAUCAUGGUGUCAGGUCGCAGCCGAGACGAUGCCCGCGCAGAGUUUGAUUGUUGGUGUGGAUUUGGCACCUAUAAAACCCAUUCCGAGAGUCAUCAGUUUUCAGAGCGACAUCACGACCGACAAAUGUCGAGCAACCAUUCGAGGACACUUUAAACACUUGAAAGCAGACACAGUUUUACACGACGGCGCCCCCAAUGUGGGUGUGGCUUGGGUGCAAGAUGCAUUCUCACAGGCCGAACUGGCUUUACAAUCAAUGAAGUUGGCAACCGAGUUCUUGAAAGAAGGCGGAACAUUCGUCACCAAAGUUUUCCGAUCCAAAGACUACAAUGCACUGUUGUGGGUGUUUAAGCAACUGUUUACGUCGGUCGAGGCUACAAAGCCGCCAUCAUCACGAAAUGUUUCUGCCGAGAUUUUCGUUGUCUGCAGAGGCUUCAAGGCUCCAAAGCGGAUAGAUCCAAAGUUCUUGGACCCCAAGCACGUCUUUGCCGAAGUCCAGGAGGCCACGCCAAACAACGAAGCUAAAGUGUUCAACCCGGAGAAGAAAAAGAGGAAGAGAGAAGGUUACGAAGAGGGUGAUUGGACGCAACAUAAAGAAGUCCCAGUCACAGAUUUCAUUCACACCACAGAUCCUAUCGCCAUACUCGGAUCGGUCAACAGGCUGAGUUUCGAUCAGAGUCCCAACGGAGAUCUUGCCAUGGUGACCCUGGACAGGCUCCCAGAAACUACAGCUGAGGUCAGGAGGUGCUGCGAAGAUCUUAAGGUUCUAGGCAAGAAAGAGUUCAGGACGCUUUUACGAUGGCGGUUAAAAGUACGGGACAUCUUUGGGAUGUCUACUAAAGCUAAGAAGCAACAACAAGCUGAACAACAGGAGGGCGAAGAGGUUGCCGAAGUCGAGUCAAUGGACGAGGAGCUCAAGAUCCAAGAAGAAUUGCAGCGACUUAAGGACCAAGACUCUAAAGAGAAGCGAAAAGCCCGGCGGAAAGAGAAUGAGCGGAGACAGAAGGAGAUUGUGCGAAUGCAAAUGCACAUGACAACUCCGCAUGAUAUCGGGCUUGAGCAGAACGGUCCGCUCGGAGAAGGGGCAAUGUUCAACCUCAAGUCCGCCGACAGAGCUCAAGAGGCUACGGGUGUUGAAACCAGAGAAAUGGAGGACGCAGAAGCACUUGAAUCCGAGACGUCUGAGGCCGAAUCUGAGGACGACGACUCAGACGAGGAUGGUGACAGACUGGAGGAAGAGUUAGAUACCUUGUACAGUUCAUAUCGCGAAAGGCGUGAAGAGAGCAAUGCCAAAGAACGAGCCAAGAGAGCCAGGAAAGAAAAGGAGACUGACGAGUGGGCCGGAUUGUCUGACGAUGAGGCAGCUGGAGGAGCUACGACGGAUGGAGAAUCAGACGGUGAAGAGUCUUCGAUGCGACCAAUCCCGAAAUCAGAGGGUCUCUCAACAAAGGCGGCCAUGUUCUUCGAUCAAGACAUCUUCCAGGAUCUCGGGAUCGAAGAGGAUGCGGAAGACAAGGACAGUGCCAUUGAACUUGAAGACGAGUCGUCCGACCAGGCGAAGCGGAUUCAAACACAGAAGAAACAGAAGGAGUCGGCUUCCGAACAGGAUGAUAAACCACUCAAAUCCGCGCUGAAGAAGACGCAGAAACCCACGCCACCGCAGUACGACGACGGGUCCGACUCCGACUCUGAUUCGGUACCGGUACAAAAGUCGAAAACAUCGCAAACAGAACGCCCGGAAGACCCUCUCUUGCCCAACGGCCAACUCGACGUCGACAUAAUCACCGCCGAAGCCAUGACAUUGGCGCAGUCGCUCGCCACGCGCCGCACCAAGCCCUCCGACCUUGUCGACGAUAGCUUCAACAAGUACUCGUUCCGCGACGUCGACGGCCUUCCAGAAUGGUUCCUCGACGACGAGGGCCAGCACAGCAAGCCGCAACGGCCCAUCACGGCCAGUGCCGCCGCGGCCAUCAAGGAGAAGCUCCGGGCCCUCAACGCCCGGCCCAUCAAGAAGGUUCUCGAGGCCAAGGGCCGCAAGAAGAUGAGGGCCGCGCAACGCCUGGAGAAGCUGCGCAAGAAGUCGGCCCUCCUGCUCGACGACGAGGGCAUGUCCGAGAAGGACAAGGCCGCGGGCAUCGCGCGCAUGAUGGCCCGCGCCGCCAAGAAGGGCCGCCCGAAGGAGAAGGUCAAGCUCGUCGUCGCGAGGGGCGGGAACAGAGGUAUCGCCGGACGCCCGCGGGGCGUCAAGGGCAAGUACAAGAUUGUCGAUGCGCGGUUGAAGAAGGAUGUCCGGGCGGAGAAGAGACUCAAGAAGCGAAUGAAGAAGUAA